AUGUAUUUAUUACUAAUUGUUACAUAUCUUCUUACACCAGUGUCCACUUUUGCAUCUACUCUCCAUCCUAUUCAGCCAAACAGUUUGCAAAACGAUGACUUGCCCAAUGUUUACAACGUUUACAAUGUCAGGAAUUCACUCCCAAUUUUUCAAUAUAACAAUUUACAAGAUUUGCAACAAAAUAUGGACCAAUUUUUGAACAACAUCAAUUAUACCACUUCUAGCCCACAUCUCUUUGUGGUUCAACUCACCGAUUCAAACAGUUUUAUUUUCCCCAACUUUGCUACAGCAGUUCCGCAAACAGAACACUACAAUCAUCAAGAAGAAGAAGAAUUGGUUGGUCUUGGUCUUUUGUCAACUGCACCACAAAACUGGAUCGAACUUUAUGGUUCAGACAUCAUUCAACAAACCAGCAUACAAGGAAUCGAAGUACAGACACUAUCAACAGUUGACGAUGAUAGUGCAAGAGGUGAAGUUGCUUACUCAACGGGAAGAUUGCAAAAAGUAUCCAGUGAAUACGAUUCAAAAAUUUCCUUGUAUAUUGGCUUUAUUGCCCUUAUCGGUGCUACAUCAGGCCUAACUUUUGCUCCUGAAAUCGAAUUCUCUACAAGUUCUUCAACUUAUUACGCAUGCCCUGUAUUAGCAGGACAAACCGUGGUUGUCAAGGUGUAUCCCACAUUGACUACAUUCACCCCUUACACAAAGAAACUAAAAUGGAAUCAUAAUUUACUGAAAUUCACAACUAAAUUACCUUUUGCCAAAUUACAAAAGGCUUCGUUGCUUACACUAACAGGAUUAGAGGAUGUUGAGUGCUUCUACAUAUAA